CCCCCCUUCAGCAGUUCCCUCAUGCGUAGUGUUGUACAUGCAUGCUUUUGUGAUUCGCCAAUGCAACGAAUAUUCGUAGAAACGUUGUGUGAAACUCUUUUGGCAGGCGCGGCAGGUGGGCGUGACGUGCCUGCAUUGGCUGCUGCAGCUCGCAGAUUGUGCUGCUCCAUGCUCGCCGCUCCACCCCCCUGCCCUGAAUGAUGGUGCGGGUGGUGUGGGCACAGAUGCGCAUUCUUAGCGGCACCACAAACAGGAUGGGUGCUGGGAGCCCCAAUUGCUCAUAGAGGUUCCAUACAGGAAAUAGUCAUCAGGUCAGGGUCAGGUUUGAGCAAAGAGCAUGGCGGGUCAGCAAGGGGCGUUCCGACUUCCUGCGGCCCGCCUGACCAACUUAGCGCAUCCAGAGGUCUUUCAGUUCUUUCCCGUGCCCUCUCUUCCUGCCAACUUUGGGGGGGCCUGCCAUGCGUCCCUGUCCCCGGAGGGCCACCCCAGUGGCCCUUCUCCGAGCAGCUCCGCAGUGGAGCAUGGAAUAGCCCACCUGCUGAGGGAGGCGGACGUUAGUUACCUGUCCCUGAAGGCCUCCCUGCCUUUUCUUCCGUCUCCUCAACCAUCAACACGGCGAGUGGCGUUGUUGAGCAGCAACCCUGGGAUCUUCCAAUGCAUGCCAAAAACCCCUGGCCGCUUGGACCGCGCGAGCGUCCCUGUUGCAGUGGUGCGGCCGCUUCCGCCCGCUGAUGGGCCGCCCCUCCUGCCUCAGGGGACUGUGCGAGCAGCCGAGCCCCAGAGUGGCCCCCGCCUGCGCCCUGACCCCUGGGCAAGCUCUGCGCAGGAGGAUGAGCCCCUGAUGCGCCCCCGCACCAAGAAGAGGAGGUCCGCCAAGGCGCCCCACCCCGCUUUCGUGCCCAAUGAGGACAGCCCUGCUCCAGACCGCGGCGCGGCUCUGCUAUCUCUGGUGGGCCAGCUGCUGGAGCCGGAGGCGGCGCGCGGGGACCGCCUCGGCGCCUGCCUGACGCACGAGCAGCUGGCGCAGCUGGCCGACGCGGUGGCCGCCCUGCGCGCGCAGCAGCGCCUGGCGACAAUGCCGCUGCCGCCCCUGCUCCAGCUCGUGCUCGCCCUGGACCGCCACGUGCGCAGCGCCACGCACGCCGGCGCAGUCGACGCAGGGGUGGACCCUGGUGGCGGUGGCGGCGUGCCCCUGGCGGCGGAGGCGGCCCACCUGCUGCUGCUGCUCUUGGCCACGCCCGGCAUGCCGCCGCAGCUGUACGUGGAGGAGGUGAUUGAGGGCCUACUGGCGUUCCUCAAGUCUGCAGCUACGACCGUGGUCUUCCCCGCCUUCGACCCCGCGUACGCAGCGCAGGCGUCGCAGGGGGCCCGCCCAGCUGAGGGCGACGACCCGGCCGACCUGCCCCGCGAGGCAGGCGCCCCCUUCAAGGGACGCGGCGCAGCCGGCCAGAAAGGCUCGUCACUCAGUGCUGGCCCUGGCGGCGCGGCGCUGCUGCCGCGGUUGUGCAGCCUGUACGAGCUGACGGCGCGGCUGCUGGCGCUGCGGCGGCUGCAGGACAGCGUGGUGCUGCAGCUGGCCAAGCUGGCGCUGACCACGCUGACGUGCGACAACCUGCCGCUGCUGCACCUCAAGGCCAUCGCGCUGCUGGCCGCCGUGUUUCGCUGCUACCCUGCACACCGCCUGCUGCUCAUCGAGGACGUGGCCGCCCUGGUGUGGCGCACCCCGGCUGGCAAGCGCGGCGCGGCGCGCUACCACGUUCUGGGAGAGGCGGGCCAGCAAAUCGGGGUGCCGGCCGCCGUGCUGCUGCAUGCCGUGCAGGCCUGCGCCGUCCUCCCGCGCGCGCACGCGUGGCCCGGCGAGGAGGAGCGCGCGCGCGCCUGUGCCGGCGUGUACGAGGGCGCCACCGCGGUGGCCACGCACUUUUGGCGCGUCGUGGUGCCCAAGUGGGGCGCGCUCAAGGGCCCCGACAGCGCGGAGCUGCGCAGCGCCAUGGACGGCCUCACCGCCGACCUGCGCGCCAUGCUCAACGCGCCCGAGUUCCCCGCAGCGGGCCUGCUGCUGCAGGUAUUGGCGUCAGUGCUGCUGUCGGAGGUGGGCGUGCAGUCGCGCGACGCGGCUGUGCGCGGGCUGGCGCUGGACGUGCUGGGGGCCGUGGCGGCGCAGCUGCAGGCGGACGCGGCCGCGGACGCGCAGCACCACCUCUGGCUGCUCUUCCAGUACGAGGCCCCCGCGCAGCCCGGCGGCGUGUGCGAGGUGUGCGAGCAGGAGCUACACGGGGCCCGCCCGCUGCGCUGCGCGGCCUGCCCGCGCCUCUUCCACAGCGAGUGCCUGGGAGGGGCCCCGCCGGAGGGCCGCCGCUGGCUGUGCGCGCUGUGCGAGUGCAAGGAGCAGCUGGCCGCGCUGGGCGUGCCGCUGGCGAAUGGGGACGCGGGCGGCGACGACGAGGCGGCCGCGGAGGAGCAGGUGGCGCUGGUGCAGCAGGCGCUGCUCAACUACCUGGCGCACCAUGCGCAAGCCGACCCCGCCAUCGCCUCCGCACGAGAGUUCUUCCUGUGCCAGUGGUUCCACGACGCGCCGCAGGAGCAGCUGCCAUUGUACGAGGCACGCCUCGACGCGCCCCCCCCGCCGUUGCGGCGCGGCAGCGGCCCGCCGCCGCUGGGUCGGCCCACGUUCGUCCAGGUCGCGCGCGCGCUGGGCCAGAAGCGGCCGCUGCAGAGGGGCCUCGACAUCAUACGGAACGCAUUUCUGGGGAGCCUUCAAGAGAGCAGCCCGACGAUACGAGCCAAGGGGCUGCGAGCGCUGGGCGGCAUGGUGGCGGAGCGGCCGGCGCUGCUGCGCGAGGGCGCGGUGCAGGCCGCGGUGGAGGGCCGCUUCCUGGACGCCGCCAUCAGCGUGCGCGAGGCCGCCAUGGAGCUCGUCGGCAACUACGUCACCACCGACCCGGAGCUCGCCAACCAGUACUACCCGCACAUCGCGGAGCGCAUCCUGGACCUGGGCGUCAGCGUGCGCAAGCGCGUCAUCCGCAUCCUGCGCGCCGUGUGCAUCGACGACGCGCGCUCCCCGCACCGCGUGGACGCCUGCGAGCGCCUGCUCACGCGGGUCGCCGACGAGGAGGCCUCCAUCCAGGACAUGGUGAUGAAGACGUUCCACGGCGUGCUCUUCUCUCCGCUCGACGCCGGCGGCGGCGGCAGCAGCCUGGAGGAGCGCUGCGCGCUGCUGGUGGCGCUGCUGCGGUCGCCGGGCAACCAGCAGCCCCUCGUGGCGGCCGUCAAGCGCUGCCUGCUGCAGGAGACGCCGGCUGGAGUCGCUGGUGGCGCGGGCGCGGUGGACCCCGCGGUGCGGCGCGUGUGCGAGGCCAUGUGCCGGCAGCUGCUGGAGAGCAUCCUGCAGAUCGAGGAGGGCGCCUCUGCGGACACGGCCGCGCUGCCUCACGUGCUGGCGCUGCACGCCUUCUGCGACGUGGACCCGCUCCUCUGCGCUCCCGCCACCGACCCGCUGCGCACGGUCGUCACGCUGCAGCCGUACCUCCAAACGGAGGCCGGCAGCCGCAGCGCGGGCCAGCUGUGCGCGGCGCUGCUGGACAUUUUUGCGGCGGUGCUGCCCCUGGCGCGGCCACCCGCGUGGCUGACGGCGGCGCUGGAGCAGAAGCUGCGCACCUGCGUGCAGCGCCAGCCGUACCUCACCGUCGUGCACGCAGCCAUCAGGUGCUUGUGUGCGUUGGGUUCGGUUGCGGAGCAGGGCUUGUCGGGCCUCCAGCAUCUCCUGAGCAGCCUCUUCGAGUUUCUGACCAAGCAGAAGAACGCCGGGUCGGAAGCCGCCAACGGCGCAACUGUGGCGCGGUGCCUGUACUCGCUGGGCGUGCUGUGCCGCUACGGCGCGUACGCGGUGGCCGACGCGGGGCCGGGCAUCGCCUGGGGCGGCGUGCUGGAGCUGUACCGCCACUUCCUCGCGUCGUCCACCUUCGACGUCAAGCAGCGCGCGCUGCAGGGGUUGGGGGCCGUCUUCUCGGCUCGCCCGCGGCUGAUGAUGGCGGGCGGCAUGGACAAGCUGCUGCAGGCCACGCUGUCGCGCGGCGCCGACCAGCGCCUCAAGGUCCAGACCCUGCGCAACUUCCACGACUUCCUCGUGUGCAUUGAGGACGGCAUGAAGAGCAGCGCCGACGCGACCCCGGCCGCCACCGCGCAGCGCGCCACUGCAGCGGGUGCCGCGGCCGAGGCUGUCCCCACCACGGCAGGCGCCGCCGACAAGGUGGAUGCGGGGAUCGCCGGGGGGAUCAUCCAGACCCACUGGAGCCGGGUGCUGGAGCGCUGUGGGGACCCCGCGCCCGAGGUCCGGCACGCAGCGUUGAAGGUGGUGGAGCUUGCGCUGCGGCAGGGGUUGGUGCACCCCAUGACGGCCGUGCCGCCCUUGGUCGCGCUGGGCAUGGACACGCACGCCGCCACCGCCAAGCUCGCGCACCAGCUGCUGGCGGCCAUGUACCAAAAGCACCCGGACUUUGUGGAGAGCCGGCUGGGCGACGGGCUGCAGGCCGCGUUCCGCAUGCACGCCGGGCUGGCGCGCGACGGCCGCGGCGGGCCUGUUCCCGGGGCGGGCCUGGGCGGGGUGUACGCGCUGUGCCGGGCCACCAAGGGCGCGCGCAACAAGGUGCUGCACUCCAUCGUGCACAAGUUCGACACCGCCGCCGACGACCUGCCGUUCCUGCACUUCUGCGCCGCGGCGUUGGCGGGCCUCCCGUUCGCCACCCUGGACGAGCCGCUCUACCUCAUCUACAGCAUCAACCGCACCCUCCAGCUGCGCGCCGGGGCGGCACUGGCACAGCUCAAGGCGGCGGUGCUGGGCGCCGGCCCGGUGGCUGCUGCCGUACGCGCGAGCGUGGCGGCCGCGGAGCGCGAGGCGGAGGAGGCGGCCCUCAGCGUCUACUCCGACGUGGACCCCGCCCCGCCGGGCCCCGCCCAGCACCCCGCGGCCGACGACCUGGCGGGCCUGCCGCGCGACGACGUGGACGCAGUCAAGGCCGAGUCGGGCGGCGCGAUGGCCCUCUCGCUGCUGCUGCUGCUGAAGCGGUACCUCAAGAUGGCCUACGCGCUGCCCGACGACCGCUGCGCCGCCUUCUCGCCCACCGACCCCGCGCGCACAGCCGAGCCGGCCGCGCCGCGCGACGGCGUGGGGCCCUUCGACGCGGCGCUGCUCCCGCUGCAGCCCGUGGCGACGAGCAGGGACUUGUGGCAGCGAUACAAGGUUUUCAAAAAGCUCAUGAAGGAAGAUGCCAUCGAUUACGGAGCCUUCGCCGUCCCCAAGUCGAAGAAGCGAGCAUCCGCAGCACGGGGGGAAGCGGGCAACGGGGAGGGCACCCCGGCAGACGGCGCAGCGCCGGCCUCAGGCUUGCCCGGGACAAAGCGGCCACGGGCGAAGAGCAUGGGGCCAGCCAAGCGAAGGAAGAGGCGGAAACGUGGGGAUGAUGACAGCGACCUCGAGGAUGAGAUGGAGCAAGACAAUGACGCCGCGACAGAGGACGGGCCGUCUCACAAAGAAGGAUGGGACACGAAAGGGAGGAGGAGGCGACAAGUUGCGGAGAAUGCUCGAGCAUCGUUGUGACGAUGGUCCGAGUCAAAACCUCUCAAUUGCUAGACAUUUGACCCCCACUAUGUCCAGCAAAAUCCCUUCGUCCUGGCAAGUGUCAAACCACAUCCGAUCGGGCUGGCUGGCGUCAUCGUUGAAAUGUGGA